GGUACGUUUUAAUCCGUGGAUUUUUUUUUCACAGGAUGAGUUUGGCCUCACCAACUGCGGGCGGGCAAGUCUGGUGCUCCGAGUCUGGGUAAUAAUUACACUAGGUACGGCCGCUAUUACAACACUUUUUUUUAAAACUACCUCUGCCACGAUUUUUUCUCCACAACGUGACAAACUGGUGUCGACCUCUGGCAGCGUGACUGGCGGUCAACUCUCUCCAAACUUUCCCGGAAUAUGCUUGCGGACAUUGUCAAUCUGCAAGCUAGCUGAAUUGGAUCGAUCAUCGAACUAUCCCCACAGAUCAACUUGAAGCCCAGGCCAAUAUCCAAGUUACAAUCCUAGCAGAAUCAAAAACCCCUCUAUUACGCUGCAUUUUGUGUCAAUUGCCAGCGGCCUAAUCAAAACGCCCUCUCGCAUUCAAGACAUGCUGCAAUAUCAUGUGCUUUGAACACCCUGAUGGGUGACGAGACGUAUCAAGAUUCUAGCAAUGCGCACGAGGUAUUAGCCGGCCUUUGAUUCGGUCCACCAUCAUUGUCCAGGAAAUAUACCAUGGAAUCUGGAUCACUGGCACGACCAAUCACCCUGCCUAGUCUCUCAUCAAAGCUCUACAGUCCACCCCCCCUGAAUCGAGCCUAGAAGAAGACUGAGAACGGCAUGACGAGGACUACCACACCGCCGCCAUCUGAAGCUUAUCAUCCCAAGUCCGAGCCAGUCGCCUCUAGGCAGCUAUACACAAUACACAGUCUUUACGUAGUCAUUGGCUU